CCGACACAGGUUGGGAUUAUGUGAACUCGCCCCAUGCGCUGCACGGGUUCCCUUUACGCAUUAACUAUCAAGUGAAAUCUUACGGCUUUUUAAACGUGCUCUUAUUCCGUUUUUUAAGUAACUUGGCCGAGUUUGUGCUCAAAUUCUUUAAGUUGCAUUUAUAACAGUUCCCCAGCGUUUAAAACCCCUGAAACAAAAGGAAACAAGCUAGCGCGUGGGCGCGCGUGGACACCUGAAAGAUGCACCUUGCGUUUCUACUGACGCUGAAUUUUGGCCUUGUUUUUGCAUGUCAGUUGCCCACCGAGUGGCGACCCCUCAGCGAGGGCUGUCGGGCUGAACUCGCCGAGAUCAUCGUGUACGCCAAGGUGCUGGCCAUCCACGAGGAGCCGUACGCGUCCAGCCUGAUUAACUACCUGCCGUACCAGCAGCACGAGCGCGCGGAGGACGCGUUGCUGUACGCGGCGGAGGUGGAGUUGCUUUGCGACCAGGCGUGGGGCAGCAUGCUGGAGGUUCCCGCGGGCUCGCGCCUCAACCUCACGGGACUCGGGUACUUCAGCUGUCAGUCACACACGGUGAUGGAGAACAACUCCUACGUCUUUUUCCUCAGGUGGGUUCAUUUCAGAUGGACUGAAAACUACAACAUCCUUCCUCAUGGAGUCAACUUCCAGGAUGCCAUAUUCCCUGAUACACUAGAGAACAAACAAAUGUUUUCCAGCCUCUUUCAGUUCUCAAACUGCUCUGGUGGACAGACGAUGCACAACUUUAAUAGUGAUUGGGAGAGCCAAGAAGACAGCAGGUUGCUGUGUGCCUCUGUACAGAAGGUUUUGUUUGAGGAGGAGGAGAGAGUUGGGCAGCUUCAGGAGCAUGUGGCCGAGCUGGAGAGAAAGAAUAAGCAGUUAAAAGAGCGAGUGGGGAAACUGAGGCAUUCCCUGCGGAAAACCCGGAAAGCUUCCCGCCGUGCUGAGCGGGAAAGACAGGAGCUGCAAGAGCGGCUGAAUACAGCUGAGAGACAUGCUAGACAUCAUCUCAAUGCCAUUCCACCCCAACACAACCCUUCGUGCCACAGAUACUCACACGGACUGUGAGCUCAAAUAUACACACUCACUCAUCUGAACUCAUGCACGCAUGAAAACACAUGGUAUCAGUCUGUUUUUCAAAAAGUAUCAUACCCAACUGUGACUGCUGACAUAAUGAAUUCUGCUCACUUCAACUCUUUUUCCCUGCACUGCAAGGCAGCACUGUAUUGAAACCUUCUUUGAGGUUGUUCAGACAAAAUGUGUUUUUGGAUGUUUAGAGUUUUUCAUUGUUUUUUCUAUGUAAACGUGUGAUAGACAGACAUUUUUUUUAACCAUUGCACUGUGUCUCACUGAUUAGUUAUAUGUGAAAAAUAAAUAAUUUCACCAUGUAUAUGCAGAAAUGUAUGUAUAAUGUGUGACAAUUGGUCAAAUUAAUUAAUUAAUUAAUUAAUUAAUUAGUGCCACAUUUUAAAGAUGCUGUCAAGUUAUAGGGACUUAUACUUUUAAAAAAGCAUCUCAAGAAGGGGGGCCUGUGUAGCUCAUCGAGUAAUGACGCUGACUACCACCCCUGGAGUUUGCGAGUUUGAAUCCCAGGGCGUACUGAGUAACUCCAACCAGUUGCUAGGGAGGGUAGAGUCACAUGGGGUAACCUCCUCAUGGUCACUAUAAUGUGGUUCACUCUCACUGGGCCACGUGGUGAGUUGUGUGUGGAUGCUGCAGUGGAUGGCAUGAAGCCACAGUAACGCGCUCAAAAAGCCAUGUGAUAAGAUGUGUGGAUUGACGGUCUCAGACGCAGAGGCAACUAAGAUUUGUCCUCCACCACCCGGAUCGAGUCAAGUCACUACGCCACCACAAGGAUGUAGAGUGCAUUGGGAAUUGGGCAUUCCAAAUUGGGGAGAAACAAUCCACGCUGAAUCUACAUUUUUUAACUCGAAAACAUGGACAGUCUGAACAGUCCCUUACUCAUUUAUUUAUUCUUUUUUUUCUUCUUCUACAAUUUGUCUGCGAUUAAUUCAGCUCCCAAUGCUUAAAAACUUGAAACAUUGUUUUGUAAAUAAAUUAGGUGUUGUAAGAUGCUUUUAAAAAAACUUUAAUUUUAAUAUCUCCUAAUGACGUAUACUGAUGUAAGGCGUGUUCUGCAUUCUAAAUAUAUCUGAGUGCAAUGAUUCAAAGUUGACAAUAUUUCUUCUUUCAAAAAAACAUGGACAGGACAGUUUAGAGGUGACACUAGAUGGGGUGGGACCUAAAUCGCAAAGAUUUCCUCUACCAUUAUGUACGUAAAGAUAUGUUUGUUGUUUUGGUACCUUACAUUUAUUCAGUUAAACUCUUUUCUUUUUUUUUUUUUUUUUUGUCUCAAGUUAAAUCAAAAUAAAAAAAUACCAAGAACAAGAUUUUUUAAAGCUGAAUUCUGUAAUUUCUCCUUUCAUCUGCUGAGCAGAUUGUGGUAGAGAGGGCAGGAAAAGGAGUGGAGUGCAUGUGUUUAACAUGAGUCCAAUUCUGAGAAAUUAUGGCUUCCCUCAUAUUCCCAAAUCACCAGUGGGGUUUAGGUUAUAGAGAAGCAGAGUAUCAAAGUACUAUCAGACGUGUAUUCUUUCUUUUGAAUGCA